AUGCUUUCGAUAAGAUAUUUCAGCCGAUCAUUAAAAAAGAUAAUUUCCACAUUCUUGGGAUUAGUUGAGAUUGAAGACGGAACUGCAGUCAGCAUAGUGAACGGCAUUAAAGGAUUGUUGGCAGAAAUAAAAAUAAAUUUAAAGAAAUUGAUCGGUAUCGGCACGGAUAACGCUUCGGUCAUGACAGGAACUAACAGUGGAGUGCACGCAUUGUUGAAAAAUGCAACUGGUAAUGACAAUUUAGUGUUAGUCCGCUGCGUGUGUCAUUCGUUACAGUUGGCUAUGUCUCAUGCUUCAGCAGAAACCCUACCAAGAAAUGUUGAAUUUCUUAUAAGAGAAACCUAUAACUGGUUUAGCCAUUCAUCAAACCGAAGACUCUUUUACAAAAACAUGUUUCAAACGAUCAACGGUGGCUCCGUUCCAUUGACAAUUCCACAGAUGUGCAAUACCCGAUGGAUAUCAAUUGAACCAGCGGUCUGCCGUAUUCUUGAUCAAUGGAUAGAAUUAAAAACCCUGUUUGAAAUUGCCAGGCGAGAUGAACACUGCUAUACGGCAGAAAUACUAUAUAACAUGUAUAAUGAUCCACAGAAUCAUUUGUACUUAUUAUACAUAAGACCUAUCUUACAGGAAGUUCAAGUGGUAAACAAGUUGUUUGAAAGUAACGAUGUUGACCCAACAAGAUUGUACAAUGAUUUGAUUGGCUUAGUGGAAUCGAUAGGUCGGCGUAUUCUGAACCCAACGGCAAGGGUAGAUAUUUUAACAGAAGACAUAGAAAGCUAUUUAGAUCCGAAACCAUACAUGGGAUAUGCUUUUGAGACCAAAUUACUUGAAUACAAUCUUCAGCCUAAUGCAGCAAACUAUUUACGCCAACGUUGUAAUAAUUUCACACUGAAACUUGUGACAGAACUACGUUCGAGAUUACCGGUUAAUUUUAAAAUACUUCAGAAGAUAUCCAUGUUUUCAGUUCAAGAGACUUUAAAAGUAGUUAAGCCAUCCAUUGUCGAAAUAGCCCAAGAGUUCCGAGUUAAUGCACCUAUGAUUGAAAAACUGGUAUCUCAAUGGAGAAAUAUAGUUCACAUUAAAUGGGAAUCCUUGACUUCCACAGUAAAGUUCUGGAAUGAAGUCAUGCAAUAUAAAGAUGCAGCUGAUAAUAACCCCUUUGCAGAGUUAUGUGAGUUUGCAAUGUCUCUUAUAUCAUUGCCACAUUCAAAUGCGGACGUUGAACGUGUAUUCAGCCAAAUGAGUCUGGUAAAAACAAAACUCCGAAACCGUUUGGCGGUGAGAACCCUGAAUGCCAUUUUGUACGUUAGGUUCGGCCUAAAAAGAGCAGGAAAGUGCUGUUACUCUUACACUGUUCCAGACAAUGUACUACGCAGUAUCGGAACCAAAGAGUAUUACGACUCCGGCUCUCAGCCUUCCACAUCAGCUGAUGUUGAUGAAGAUGAAGACCUUAAUAUUCUAUUCCCUUGA